CACGGCUCCCCCAGCUGCCUUUCUAGACCCUUUGCAAAAAAAAUUCUUUUGAAAAAAACUAAAAAAUAAAUAUUAAGGUAUAUGGUUACUCUUAUUAUUUUUAAGUAUCUUUCGUUUUGAAGAGGAAGACGAAGACGAAGACGACCAUCACCGCCACCGGAAGAAAAGGGAACCACUUUCGUUAGAUUCUGUAAUCAAUUUCAGUUCUCUUGCUCCUUUACUUUUUUAUUUUUUAUUUUUCGUAAAAACAGAAAUAGAAAAUAAAAAAUUGAAUUUGGAUAUGGAACCGCCGGAGGAUGCUAACCUAGGGUUGGAGGAGGCGGAGGAGAUUAUCUUGCGGUGGGACUCAACGGCUUCGGAGGAAGCCAGGGAGAAGAUGAUCUUCGAAGGGGAUCGAGACGAGGUCGAUCGUUACCUGCUCGCCGUCGAUCAAAUCCAACGGUCGAUUUCUUCGGUUUCUAUCUCCGAUGACCAGGCCAAAGUCAACUCCGCCAUUCAGAUCGCCAUGGCUCGACUCGAGGAUGAGUUUCGUAACAUCUUGUUGAUCCAUACUAGCCCUAUCGAGACUGAGACCCUCACGGAUCCGAGCUCUUCGAUUCACUUAUCCGUGGGAGCCACCAGUAGUAGUGUUGGUGAUGGUGAUGGUGAUGGUGAUGGUGGUGCUGAGUACGAGGAUGACGGCGAUGAGGAUAAAGAUGAUGAUGAGUUGCUUCGGCGAGGGGAUUCCAGUAACAGUGUGAGUUAUAGGUCUACUAGUAGUAUCCGUGAGAUCGAUCUGAUACCGUCUGAUGCUGUGAUUGAUCUUCGGAGCAUAGCUGAGCGUAUGAUAUCGGCGGGGUACUUGCGCGAGUGUAUUCAAGUCUAUGGAAGCGUGAGGAAAUCCACCGUUGAUUCGAGUUUCAGGAAGCUCGGAAUCGAGAAGCUAAGUAUCGGUGAUAUUCAGAGGUUGGAGUGGGACCAGCUGGAGACGAAGAUCAGGCGAUGGAUAAGAGCCGCCAAGGUAUGCAUCAGGAUAGUAUUCGCGAGCGAGAAAAAGCUCUGUGAGCAAAUCUUUGACGGUGUUGGUACGGCUAUUGAUGAUGCUUGUUUCAUGGAGACCGUCAAAGGUCCAGCUAUUCAGCUUUUCAACUUCGCUGAAGCGAUAAGUAUCAGCCGAAGAUCACCGGAGAAGUUGUUCAAGAUUCUCGACCUUCAUGACGCUUUGAUGGACUUGAUUCCCGAUAUUGAUGUUGUGUUCGAAUCGAAAUCGUCAGAAUCGAUUCGGGUACAGGCGGCCGAGAUACUGUCGCGGCUGGCGGAGGCGGCGAGAGGGAUAUUGUCCGAAUUCGAGAACGCCGUUCUCCGAGAACCGUCGAGGGUGCCGGUCCCUGGAGGGACAAUUCACCCCUUGACGAGGUAUGUAAUGAAUUAUAUAAGUUUGAUAUCUGAUUAUAAGCAGACACUGAAUGAGUUAAUUGUGUCAAAGCCUUCGACUGGUUCACGGUAUUCGGGAGAUCCAACAACCCCAGACAUGGAGUUCGCAGAGCUGGAGGGAAAGACCCCUUUGGCUCUCCAUUUGAUUUGGAUUAUUGUGAUUCUGCAAUUCAAUUUGGAUGGCAAGUCCAAGCAUUAUAAGGAUGCGUCUUUAGUCCAUUUGUUCAUGAUGAACAAUGUUCAUUAUAUUGUUCAGAAGGUGAAAGGGUCUCCAGAAUUAAGGGAAAUGAUUGGAGAUGAUUAUUUGAGGAAGUUAACGGGGAAGUUUAGGCUUUCAGCUACUAGUUACCAGAGAGCAACUUGGGUAAGGGUGUUGUUUUGUCUGAGGGAUGAGGGUUUGCAUGUGAGUGGUAGUUUCUCUUCUGGGGUCUCAAAGAGUGCUUUGAGAGAGAGGUUUAAAACCUUUAAUGCUAUGUUUGAGGAUGUUCAUAGGACUCAAGCAACAUGGUUGGUGCCAGAUUCGCAACUUAGGGAGGAGCUGCGAAUAUCAAUCUCAGAGAAGUUGAUCCCUGCUUACAGAUCGUUCUUGGGACGGUUUAGAAACCAUAUAGAGAGUGGGAAGCAUCCCGAAAACUACAUCAAGUACUCCGUCGAGGAUUUGGAGAAUGCUGUCUUGGAUUUCUUCGAGGGGUAUCCAGUAUCUCAGCACCUGAGGAGAAGAUCUCAGUAAUGAAGUGAAGCGAGUUUUGCUAUUUAGAAGCUAGGGAAACAUUCUUUUAAUUUUUUGGAGUGUUAGGGGUGAUGCGGUGCUGGUCAUUCUGGGCUUUCCUGACUAAUCACAUUUCUUGAAUUUCAGAGUUCAAUUGUGCAUUGGUUUAUUGAAUCAAGAGAUCAGGUUAUUAUGAAGAUCGGGUGCAACAAUGAUCCAGAUUGGUCAAGUCCCACAGCCUGAAUGCUUCUGCCUUUUUUGGGUCCGGGCAGGAAGAGGGCAUCAACUUAAUCGAUUUUAGACUUGCAUUUGAUCCAUAUAUAGGUAUUGCCAUAUUGUCUUUAAUGUAAUGAAUAUGUGGAUUGGGUAUGCAACAUUUCCAAGGGCAGAACCACUCGUCCACUCAAGUGCAAGUACGAGGACAAACCUCAAACCGAACAAAUUCCAUAGUCAAAUUUUUAAUGAAGUUCAGUUGGUUUCAAUUCAUGAUUCGUUUGUAAUGCAAAGUCGAUAUAAUUAAUAUAGGAACCUAAUCGUGUGUACUUUGUAAAUAGCCCACUCAUGCACCUACUUGAACCAAAAAUAUUACAUAAUCAAUUUUCAUCAAAGCAA